CUACCUACCUACCUACCUACCCACCUCUCCGACAACACCGUCACCCCCCACACGUCUCGCGCAACACGUCAAGAAAGUCAGCGAGCGGUUGGCGCACUUCGCGCAGACCGGCUACCAACCUUCCGAUAUACCCAUCCGUUCACGAGAGAACCCAUUACAGCGGCGCGCGCGAGCGCAAUCUCUCGAGCCCACGCACAGCUUCACAAGCUCACUCCAAGUUCACCCUCACAAGUUCGCGCUCUCACGCACCCAUCCAUACGCGCCCGUACGCUCAGACACCUACGAACGUCAAGAUGCCUAGCGACGAAUACAAGGUCGCGACCGGAGGAGCGCUAAAGCUCAAGGGCGGCGGCGGGGCCGUCGAGAAGAAGCGAAAAGUCAAGAAGAAGAAGACUGAGGUGCCCAAGCGCGCCGACUCUUCUGAGGGAAAGAAAGACGAGGCUACUGGCGCCGACAGCACUACCGAAGCGAGCGUCAACAAGGACACGGCUGUCGCGGAGAAGAGCCCUGAGCGCAAGAAGGGCCAGGGCGCUGUGGAAUACCGUGGAAAGACAGAAGCCGAGAAGCGGUAUGAUGAGAGGAGGCGCAAGAGGCUUGAUGAGCGCAUCAAGCGUGAGGGAGUGAAGACGCACAAGGAGCGCGUCGAGGAACUCAACCGUCACCUGAGCUCGCUCAGUGAACACCACGACAUGCCCAGAAUCGGUCCCGGAUAACACGUGCUGGGAUUCCUCUCUGGUUGGUUCUGCUUUAGGGAUUUUUUGGAGCGUGGCGUUUCUGGCGCAGAUGGGCUCCUGCACAUACGAUUCCUGGUUGCAAUGUUCUUAGAUAAAAGGCUACUAGAUACAAGGUUCCUAGAUGCAACGCUCCUUGAUAAAAGUUUCAAUUGAUCGGUUUCCGGGC